AUGGCGGAAGGAAUAAUUGUCGAGCAUGAAGCCAGCACAUUAUCGCUCAGCCUGCCGGAGUUUUCCGAAGAAGUUGACAAGAAUAUAAUGUGGGACGAAUUUCUUAGUAUAUGUCGGUUAAUUUUUGAAACUAAAGUCGAAGACAAAUUUCCCUGUUUUCUCGCUGACGACUUGUGGAAAGUUACUAAUUGUGACAUUAAAUUUGAGAAAUUGUCAGCUGAACAGGUGAGGUUGCAAAAAAGUGUUAUUCAAAAUAGUCCGGCCGUUUUGGAAUUUCUUGAAGAGCAUGGCAAUAUACUGAGUGAUGUCCAAAAAAAGGUGAACAGUAUCGUGUGCAGUGAUGUAUGCGCUGAUGAAGAAUUAGAUGCUGAGACAUCAGUCGCUAAAAAUUUGUCUGACAUUGCUGAAGAAGGUAACAAUGAUGGUGGACAUUUCAUAACAGCCUACGCAAUAUACGCAGCUAGUAUAGUUGUAUAUAGGAAAUUUUUUUAUCACAUUGGUAAUAUUUCAAAGACUUGUGCAUCCAAUGUUGUUGACCACCUUGAGUCAAUUAAUGUUAAAGUUUUGUCUUGCUACCCUGUAUUCAAGAUGAGAGAUGACAAAAUAAAACUUGAUGAAACCCACUCUUCUAGUUCAUUCCGGUUGUGUGUAGAUGAGAAGUAUGCGAAAAUAGUUGAAAGAUCAAGUUCUUGGCCUGAUUAUGUUCAGGUUAGGAAUUGGGUCUUCAAUAACAACAGCAAAAGUGGCAGCACCAGAAAUGCCGAUGUCGAUGUCAGGACAUGUUCUGAUGUGAAACGAUGA